AUGUAUCCCCAAAGACAGUGUCCCUCCCCCCCUGCCCCCCAUCCCUCGCCUUCUGGGGCGUUUCCCUCCCGCCCGCGCCCCCAGCGUCUGCCAACACCCUGCCCUGUCCAGCACCUACUCGAGGGCCUCUCACGCCGGCUGGGAGGCGAAUCAGUUUCAUCCGAGAGGUCUGCGUGGCCCGGGGGUGUCUGCCGCCCACAGGAGCUCGUGUACAAGCAGGCGGGCGUCGUGGGUGGAAAUGACCCCUGGGGAAGAGCACUGGCAGGCUUCGAACCUGUCUCGACUCUCGACGAGGUCUGGUGGGUCGGCUCUCAGUCUCGGCAGGCGGGGCGCGGCGUGGGCAGCGUGCGGGAGAGGGCGUCUGCUCCGCCCCGCCCUCGCCUCGCCCCGCGCGCCGCCGCCCCGCAGCCCCACCACGAGAGGACCCACGUGGAGACUCAGACCAGCUUCCAGAGUUCGGUGCCUUCCACCCCCACGCCCACACCCCCUUCUCCCUCCCCGCCCAUGAGGCCGGACUCCCCACCCUUCCCAGGCCGCGCCCGAGGCCACCCUGCGCCACACCCCAGCCCCCACCACACGCCCCUCUACCACCCACUCUCCAUCCCCGCCCGAACGCUCUUUCUCCCCGCCCACAUCUGCUCGGAAAAUCUCCCGCAGACAGACGCUCUUCAAUUAUGA